AACCUCAUCAUCUCCACAGUUCGAACCAAUAUAUAUACAUCAUAUUUGUGCGAUGUCCAUUUACAGAGAAGUAUGAACUUCUACUCCUUAACAAUGAUCCAAGCACACAUAUCUGAACUCACAAUGCUGCUGCUCUUCACUUCCUACCAAUUCACCGUACUAUGCAUAGCAGCCCCACUGGCACUGGUUCUAUAUCUUGCAUUCAGAAAAAGAGUCACUAUCUGUUUACUAGAUUUCACUUGCUACAGGCCACCUUAUUCUACUAGAGUACCCAUGUCUCUGUUCCAAGAGCAUAUCCAUCUUGAUAGCAGAUUCCAUCCCAGUAGUGUUGAAUUCCAAAUUAAGAUCCUAGAGAAAUCAGGCUUUAGUCACGAAACUUGCGUUCCUUGUGCUUUUGCUGAGACACCAAUAAGAAAUAAACUAUCUUCUGCAAUGGAGGAGGCUCAGACAACAAUAUUUUCUAUCGUGACAGACUUGCUGCAGAAAAACAACAUCAACCCAAAAGCUAUUGACAUACUCAUAUCUAAUAGCAGCAUGUUUGCCCCUACACCAUCCCUUACUGCUAUGGUUGUGAAUAAAUUCAAUAUGCGGAGCAAUAUCAUGAGUUUUAACCUAUCAGGCAUGGGGUGCAGUGCUGGCAUAACAUCCAUUGGCCUGGCAAAAGAUUUGUUAAGGGUACAUCAAAACUCAUUGGCUCUCAUUGUAAGCACAGAGAUGCUUAAUUGUAACUGGUAUACUGGCAAGGAGACUUCAAUGUUGUUAACCAAUUGUCUUUUCAGAACUGGGGGAGCGGCCAUACUGAUGUCCAGCCGUUGUCAAGACAAGAAAAAGGCAAAGUAUGAGCUACAACACCUUAUUCGAACAAACAAGGCACAUGAUGAUCGCUCUUACAACUGUGUCUAUCAGGACUUAGACUCUGAAAACAUGCUAGGAGUAUCAAUAUCAAAAGACACACUCCAUGUGGCAGCGGAUGCAUUAAAGGCGAAUAUUUCAACACUAGGGCCCCUGGUUUUGCCAUUCUCAGAGCAAUUAAGGUAUGUGCUUUCAAUAACUCGCAGAAAGACAAGGAUUUUAAGCACAAGAAACUUCUACAUACCAAAUUUUCGAAGAGCUUUCGAACAUUUCUGCAUACAUGCUGGAGGAAAAUCUGUCAUCCAAGCAAUUGAAAGAAACCUAGUGUUGAAGAAAGAAGAUGUCGAGCCUUCUAAGAUGACUCUCUAUAGAUAUGGAAAUACCUCAUCUUCUUCUAUAUGGUAUGAACUUUCAUAUAUAGAAGCCAAAGGAAGGAUGAAAAGGGGUGAUAGGGUUUGGCAAAUUGCUUUUGGGAGUGGGUUCAAAUGCAAUAGUGCAGUGUGGAAAUGCAUUUACAAUGCAAGGAAUGAAGAAGCAAAUGCAUGGCCAGCAGAUGAGAUUAAUAAAUAUCCAGUAGAAAUACCAAACAUUGCUACAAUGAAUUGAAGUUGGUGUAAUGUGAAUUGGCUGCUUGUAUUCACCCUAUAUCUUGAUUGUAAUUUCUACUAUAAAAAGACUAAUGAAUACUUCCAAUUCUUAGCAA